AUGGCGGUCGCUCUAGUCGACGAAGAUGGCGCGACUCGGGUCAUUGACCACAACGUCAAGCCCGAAGCGAAGCGCGCCACCGAGGCCGAGCACAAAAUGAGCUUUCGGCAAAGUUUGCGCACCUAUCCACACGCUGUAGGCUGGUCAAUCCUCUUCUCCACCGCGCUGGUGAUGGAGGGUUACGACAAUGCCCUGAUCGCUACUCUCUUCGCCUACGGCCCAUUCCAACGUGAGUUUGGCGAUCGACUACCCGAUGGGUCCUAUCAGAUCUCGGCCCCGUGGCAGUCGGGUCUCACAAACGGAGCCCUGGUGGGUGAAAUUCUGGGCUUAUUCGCAACUGGUAUUAUUGUUGAACGAUUUGGGUACCGCAAAAGUCUUAUCGGAGCUUUGAUGGCCUGCGUGGCGUUUAUUUUUAUCAUCUUCUUCGCAAAUUCCCUGCCCGUGUUGCUGGUGGGAGAGAUUCUUAUUGGUAUUCCUUGGGGUCUCUUCCAGACCGUUACCACGACCUAUGCAUCAGAGGUGUGUCCGGUGGUGCUACGUCCGUACUUGACCACGUACGUCAAUCUGUGCUGGGUAAUGGGCCAGUUCAUCUCCUCGGGUGUUCUCAAAGCAAUGCAGAAUCGGGACGAUCAGUGGGGCUACAAGAUUCCCUUUGCCCUGCAGUGGUUGUGGCCGAUUCCAAUCGCGAUUGGUGUCGCUCUGGCGCCCGAAUCUCCAUGGUGGCUCGUCCGUAAAGAGCGACCUGAAGAUGCGCGCCAUGCACUACAUCGCCUUACCGUACCCGGUCGCGAUCCCAAUUUCAACGCGGAUGAAACCAUUGCCAUGAUCCGCAGCACCAACGAGCUCGAGAAACGUAUGACCUGCGGAACAACCUACCUCGACUGCUUCCGGGGCGUGGACCGACGUCGCACGGAGGUGGUAUGUCUGACCUGGGCCACUCAGAUGGUCAGUGGAAGUGCCCUAAUGGGCUACUCCACCUACUUCUACGAACAAGCCGGCAUGGCCCCCAGCAACGCCUUCACCAUGACCAUGGUCCUCUACAUUCUUGGCGCUCUUGGUACACUCAGCUCAUGGCCUCUCAUGACCCGAUUUGGUCGCCGUACUCUCUACAUCAGCGGUCUGGCCUGCAUGGGUCUUCUCCUCCUCAUCAUCGGCUUCCUGGGCAUCGUAUCACGAGAGAACAUCGCCGCCCAAUGGGCGGUCGGGUCCCUCCUCCUCAUCUACGCUUUCACCUACGAUGCCACCGUUGGCCCCAUCUGCUACUCUCUAGUCUCAGAACUGAGCUCCACGCGUCUCCGCACCAAGACUAUUGUUCUCGCCCGUAACGUGUACAACAUCUGUGGUUUGAUCACAAACAUCAUCACGCCCCGCAUGUUGAACCCCUCCGCGUGGGACUGGGGUGCCAAGGCCGGAUUCUUCUGGGCCGGGAUGUGCUUGCUGUGCUUUGUCUGGUGCUAUUUCCGUCUGCCCGAGCCUCAGGGACGUACGUAUGCAGAAUUGGACUUGUUGUUUGAGCAGUGCGUUCCUGCGCGCAAGUUCAGCUCGACGCGUGUGGAUCCAUUUGCGAGCGAUCGUUCCAGCUCAGUGGGGACGAAGUCGGAGAUGCCUAUCACAGAGACGGUAGAGAAGGUGGAGUCGUGA